AUGGGAAGGGGCGCAUGGGAAGGAUCGAAUCCCAGGGACGAUAUCAAUCACAAGUACUGGGACAUCAAAGUCAUUCUCUUCUUUUUCAAACUGAUAGGCCUCGCUCCGUUGGAAAUCCUGAGGAGUGAUUACGCAAAAAAAGUCAGUGAUAAGCAGACGUCCCAGAUUCCAGUGCGCUUGAAGUUCGUGUGUUUUCGCAGCGGUCUCGUCUACAAUGUUAUUCUCACGAUAAUCUACUUGCCCAUAAGUUUCAUCUGCGUUCCGCGUCUUUAUCGAACCCACUAUGGAUACACGACCGAUUUAACAGCCAGUGCCGAGGUCGUACAAACUGUUUUCCGUAUCACAUUGAUGAAUGCACUGUGGUUAUUGACAUCCAUCAAACGCGACCGCAUGGCGAGCCUUUUAAACCGUUUGAUUGAAGUGGAUUCCACCAUUUCUCGCGUGUCCGGCUUCCGGUGGAGGAGCGUAUGUCGAUUACGCGUAAUCAGCGUCUUCAUCGUGCUUAUGAUCGUUUGGAUCUUCCUGACGAUAAGUGACCGGCUGGCUUACAAUACCACGCUGCUCGAUUGCUUCAAUGACAUCGUGCCAAGUUUCGUUAUAAAUCUUUUCAUAUUUCAGUACGCUCUGAUCGUCGAAUUCACCGAAAUACAAUACAGAAAUCUCAAUUCCGCUCUUGUCAGUUUAUCGACUUUUCCGAUCGUCAGGACAUUUCGUUCGUUCACCAAUCACGGGGAAAUAACCCUCACAAACCACGACUAUUUUCCUAAAAUAAUCGACUUUAGACGCGCGCACAAUACUCUUUAUGAAAUCGGCUCCGAUAUCGCGGAUUUUUAUUCGCUGCCGAUCCUGCUCAUCAUACCCUUGUGCUGCCUCGAGAUUAUCUACAGCGCCUACAGCGGUCUUCUGCCGUUGACACGCGACCUGGGAAAUGAUCGUACGUUCGAGGUUACCUCCUCCGUAGCUUGGGUUCUGGUACUCAUCACGCCGGUUGCCGUUCUCGCUAAAAGGGUCGAUGGCAUAACCAAUGAGGUUUCUAUAAAUUCUAGUUAA